AAAAUAAAUACCAGGGAUUAGCUCCCCCCGCCUUCCUAUUCCAUCUGCUGCUGAUACCCUUCUUAGUAAGACAGAUCUUCCAGACAGUCUCAGCUUUAUUAGAGAAAGGGGUCACAGACCUGUUCCAAGUAAAUACUCAGAUUUUGAUGGAAUUGUCCCCAGACAGAGAAAGCACUGUCUGACCGGUCACCAGUUAUCAGAAUUCUGUCAUCUGCCAACCAUAAUCUACAAUUAAAAUGGAAAUAUUUUGAUAUAUUACCAAACACAGAGAAAAUAGUGUCUUAAAGGGAGCUGAAGAGCAGAAGGAGGCGUGGUUGCGCCUUAUUUGUUCAGCACUGGUGAGUCAUUUCAUCUGAAUUUCUAUGCAUUUGAAGAGUUUUGUUUCAAAGGUCUAUUGUGUGGCUUCUGGCAACAAAUUAAAUACCAGUGAUGUUUGGCUCUUAAUUUAGAAUUAAUUUUAAAACAUCACUCAUAAUAAGACCUGAUUGAAAGCCUAUGGUCACUGGAAGGAUUCCCAAGGAUUGCACAGGGCUUUGGAUGAGGGUCUCAACCCACAAAUAUCUGUUUAUUUUUCUUCAUUGUAUUUAUUCUUGGAUGGAAAGACAAGAAUUAAUUUUUCCGAACAAUUUUGGAAUUUUGGACUUUUCUUCAGGCAAAAACUGAACUGAGGACAGUGAAAUGUUGUGAAGAAAAUCAUCAGGCUAUGAGAGUAAGGUGGGGCUUUUUUCUUUUCUGCUUGGACUUGCCAUGCUAUAAGCCAUCAUAAUAUUGCAGAUCAGUGAGCUGUCAGAGGAUGGACUUAGUGAUUCAGUAGGCAAAUUGUCUGAUCUCCAAUUUAUGUGAUUUUUUGAGUGUCAAAAUAUAGAUGGGAAUACAAAAAACAAAGAGUUUGAGUCAGAGUUCUAUUUACAAAGUUAAACCUGCAUUUCGUUUUCCAAAGAGCUGGCAAUGAACAGUACUCCCCCCCUGCCUCAAGUUUGUAUGGAUGUUCAGGUUCAUAAAUCCAAGUUUUCAAAGAAAUAUUUUCCUCUAGUGCCUGAUGUUUUUCCUGCUUGCGUUCUCUGGGAAGAUUAUAACUUUGCUGUCUCUUAGGCAUAAUGAUUCACUCAUUCUGUCUCCAGAAGCAGUUGCCACCCGCUGAGCCUUUCUCUUGUUACUUGUUAAUGGCAGUAGAAGAGGCUACUCUGCCUCCAAUGAAAAGAGGAUUUUUUGGCAAGGGCAGAAAAGACCAUCAGUCUCCCUUAACAGUGUUGUACCUCUUGUCAGCAUUUUAGGACAGGAAGGAGAAAAUAUUCCUUUUCUACUGUAAUAGUUCCAUAUUAAGUCCCAGGACACAUGUUUAUCCCUGUGGCUUCAUGGAAUAGCUGAGAGAAGUGUAACUGACUAGCAUGGAGUUUACUACAUACCAAAAUCUUUGGUGAUCAGAAAUAAUUUGCCUCUUCCUGACACAAAAAGGGAAGAAGGAAAUAAAAAGAGAAAGUGAGUGACAAAAAAAAAAGUGCCGGAGGAUCUCUUCAAUUUCCUCAGAAAGCCAUUGGGAUGCAGCGAAAAUAAGCAUCACUCCUAGGACACAACACAAGGUAAUAUGAAACUGUAGAUCUGAAGGAAACAGAGAACAGCUGUGGGAAGAUACGAGAGAGAGAGAAUAGGCAUCUGGUUUGCAAGUGUGGGAUUCAUGUAUUUUUCCACUCUGCAAAAAUUUAAUUCACAUAACUACCACAUGCACUCUGAGCUGAGUGGCAUGGGUAUGAAGAGGUUAUGUGGUUCCUGGAGAAACAGUGCCCAUUUGGCAUAACCAAAAAGUUACAGGAGGUCUGUACUUACUUCAUGAUAUCUUGGUCUUGUUUUUCUAAAAAGAGCUUAUGGCUUGGCUUCUUGCAUGUGCUGCUGCUCCCUGAGUAAAAUCUGUGUACUGGAGUCUGAAUGUGUUUUUAUGUUGAAUUAUCUGCUGGUUACAUUGGUCCAUUCUCUGGCUUAAGCGGAGACAAGCUCUUGCUUAAUCUGACCCUCAGAUUUAGCAGUGAGAGUUAGGGUCAGUAGGAUGGUUAUGAUCCAUGUUAUGAUCCAUGAGGAUCUAUGACGAUGAGGGGAAAAAAUUAAAGACAAUUUCCUUCGGAAAGCGGCCAUGUUGAUAGAGCAGUUCAUGGAAAACCUGACUGGUGUCUUCAUCACUGAUGCCUGCUUUGAUUGCCAUACAAUCCCAAAAGCAUUUUCACUUUUAACGUAAGUAUUUUCUUAUUGAAGGCUUAAUCCUUCAUCUGUGAAGGCAGUGAAAACAAAUUGCUCCAUUAGCAGCAGGCUGAUUAGCUUCCAGUGUAAGUAUGCUGUCUCUUCAGCAGCCAGUUGACUUUUUAGCAUUAGUCAAUUAGAUUGAGUUGGAAGUGACAGUUCUUAUGUUGACCUGUCAGCUCAGGCUUCAGUUUUGGGAAACUUGUAGGAUCUUUAUUUCUUUUAGAAAUUGAAAGGUGGUUUUUUUUUAAUGGUCACUAAUAGAUUACUGCUAGUUUUUCCAAGUGAACAUCUACCCCACAUCAAAAAUGUUUAGAUAAUAUAAAACAUACAGUGAUUAUGCAAAAAUUAUUUUCCUUGUAUGGCAAACCAGCUUUUCAUGCCACCUCCAGCAGUACAAGUGAAAGGAUGAAGUUAGGAGGAUAGCAGUCACUUGUAAAGAGUAUGAGUGUUGGGGGAAUAGUGGAAAAAGGCACGCUGGAAAAACCAAGCAAUGGAGGGUAGUUAAGUCAAAUUAGUGACUAUGCAAGAAAGCAUAUUUUAAGAAAAUACAGAUUUUUAUGUGUAUCUCCUGAGUGAAGCUGUUACGCUCAUUCCUGAACACUGAAUAGAAUAAACUACUUCUGCCUAAGGGUAUUUCUUACUGAUAAAAGGCUGUAAGACCAAGUCUGGCUAGAGUGACUCAAACUGUAUGCUUACAAGGCACUGGGAUGAAAAAGAAUAAAAUGAUGGGGCAAGAAACAUAGUGGUGUGAAUUUCAGAAACAUUGUCUUUCCUGGUUAAUGUUUUACCCUCUGUCACUAUUACUGAUUCCAAAAAGAGCUGCCACAGCAAGAACGUGCAGACAACCAAGGUAGGAGACUAAAGAGAAUUAUGAGAGGCUUCUGUGAACGGAGCUAAAUAGGCACCGUCAUAUCCACACGCACAAGCUCAGCUCUGAGAGUAGUGAUUAUGCAGUUACCCUGAGCAGUGUAGUCUGUGGUGUAGCUGCCUCUAAAGACCAGCAGAGAGUAUGUCAGGGGAGAUGGGGGAGGAAACUCAGGGGUUAAUUUCUCUUCAAUGCUUCCUUCACAAACCAAUGGAGAAAAUAUUGCUGGAGAAGUACUGCAGCUGGAUCCUAAAUACCAGUAAAUAUUGAAGUGAUGCUUCUAAUGGUGUUUGUAGUAGAGUUAGUUUAUCAACAAUUCUGUUAUCACCGCAUAAGAUCUCUUCCUUCAGACUUGCCAAUCUUGCUUGUGUAUUUUUAAUGACUGUUGGCACAACUCUUCAUAAAACUGUGGGAGCUGAUGUAGAUUUACCGAAUGAAUUAGCCUUCUGGGACUCCCACAACAAUAUAUGUGCUAUUUCAAUCUAUUUUGGUCUAAAAUGGAUUUGUAUGUCUUUAAAAUAAGCUAGCAAAUUGCUGUGCUAAUUAAGCUAGAUUGAAUGAUGCACAGGAACUAAUAUUACUAAAUCUGUAUAUGAAGGCCCAAUUCUGAGAAUCCUUGUAGGCUGUGUGCUGCUGAGCUUCAGGCUCUAAAAAUAUUACAUUGCAAAGCUGCUUUCUUACCAAAAAGACAUUACAUCAGUCAACACUGAGACUGCAUUUAAUAAGUGCUAGCCAUUAGACUCAUAGCUUGAAGUGCAGUUCUCUUUGAUGCUUCUAUAUGGUGACGUUCAUGCCAGUGCGGUGAGGCUGGACAGAAUAUACACAUUCCUUUUUUUACUCUAAUGCUGACAACUGCAAAAGGGCCUUAAGCCCUUGAGUUAGCAUCCUCUGCCAUAAGGAAUGAGUCCAGCAAAUAUGAGUACCCUGUACUGUCUUGGGCUGUAUGUGGGAGAUGUAGCACAACUCUUGGCUGACUGCUUCCAAGCUUUUGGUAAUCAUAUUUGUUCAAACUGAAACUUUCUAAGUUCCCAGUUUUUCAGUGUUCUUAAGAGGAAAAAAAAAUUUCUUUCUGGAUUUUCAUACCUUCAAGUUCAUUACUACCUUUAUUGCUGCUAUUUAAAGCAGUAAUGCCAGGAGCCAAUGUUGCAUAUAAAAACUAUAACCUUUUAAGAGAUCUGUUUCACACACAGAGGUAUCUAUUUACAACCUUUGCUCUCUUAGGCCACUGGGGUUUUUUUGUCUGUCAUUGUAAUUCUAGUUUAUCAGUCCUCCUUUGCAACAAGAAUUGAUCAGUAAGGCUUAAAGCUUUGCUCAGCUGCUUAGCCUCAGUGUUUUGUGUGGUUUUAUGGUACUAUGUUUUUUUAGUUGAAUUUCUUUGUCAACACAGUGGAUGCUGUGACUAAUUUGGCUAAUUCUGGAAGAAAGGAUUACGCUUGGAUUCUGCAUUGGUGUUUUGAAUCUCACUAGAAAGUUACAAUGAGUGAGUAGUCUGGGUUAUGCAGACAGUUGGGUGGGAUGAUACCUUCUGGCCUUCACAUCAAUGGGAUUUGUUUGUUGCUGUAUGAUUCAGGCUUAACUUUUGAGCCAGUCUCUAAGGCCUUGUACAUGAUUUUGUAUGCAGAGCACCACAUACAUUGCUUAUGAAUGUGUGUCUUGGAUAAAUGGGAAAGCUUCUAGUGGGGCUUUCACACAGAGGCAUAGAGAUGUUAUUGGGACACUGCAGUAUUGCUAAGUUUUCUAAUUUUGACAAUUCCCACAGUAGCUGACCUUUUUUUAAUGAAGUUUAUUAUUGUUUUAAAGAAGAGUGAGAUUUAAUAUUUUUGAAAAAAGAGGAAAUCUAAAGUCUUAUUCAUUGCAGAAUAAUGCUUGAAAAAGUGACUGCUGUAGAUAACACCACCUCUCCCUCCAUCACCCAGUAACCCAGAACAAAGAGAAAGCCCCCAACAUUAGGUUUAAACAUUAUUCAUCUAAAGAUUUUUAUAGGGACUGCUUAAGAUUCUGUUUGGUUAGGGUAAGAAAUCCCAUAACUCACAAGUCACCUUGUUUUGCAGUUCAGGUGCACACACAGCCAUGACCUCACUCCAUCCGUGCUGGGGUGAGCCGUGGUGGUGCUCCAGCCCUCCCUGUGCCCUGCUUUCCAGGGGAAGAGAAUCUCCUCGUGUGCUGGCUGGAGAGGAGCUAGUGCGUACUUCCCUAGCAUGCAGGGGACCAGAAUGUAGAGGUAUGUUGUAGUCCAGGCACAGCCUCUAGAUCCCAUAUUAGAUAUUUGAAAAAGAAAACGUUUUCUCAGUAUUUGCAACUAACAUAAUGAUUAAUUAAACAAAUACAAACUGAGACAUUCUGAACAACAAAUAGUUCCCUGAAGUGCCUGUAGCCCAGCCGAUGUGCUGGGCUGGUGCCUGAAAGUGACACAGUCUUGCUGCCUGAUUUGGGUGGUGACACAACCCUGCUGUCUAUUUUGGAUGACCUGAUUUAAUUGCGCCAUUUGAGAGAAAUGCAGAAAAGGAAGCAUGCCUCAGAAACAGUGACAGACCCAUUCAACUGUUACAAUGCCCUCUCUCCUGAUAAUCAUGGCUGUUAUUAAUUGUAGAGAUAAGAACAUAUUUUUCCCCUAACCUUACAUUGUCGUUUUGCUAAAUUUUCUGCCUCGAGGGAAGUGUGCUUCUGUACAGAGUUUGGUAAAUGAUACAGGGAUACUUGUGGUCUCAAGAUGGAGCUUUCUACCAGGGUGACUACAAGGCCACGCUGCCCAUGAAAGGAGAGAAAUCAACUGGAAAUUGCUGCCUCUUGUGCAAGCACCACUCGAGGACUGAGGUUACCUAACCAAACUUCUGCAAAAUCAUACUGCCUAUGCCUGCGAUGGGGAACAUUUGAGUCUGCACUGUCCUCGGCAUUCAACUAUAAGUGUUCAGUCAGCAUUUUACGGGCAAGACUACCACAUGUGUAGUACUCAGGAGCCUGAAACCAAGAUGGCAGAACCCAUAAACUGUGUGGCACCCACUUCUUUGCAGAAAGUACUGGAUGAAUGCCAAAACCUGAGAUCCUGCCAACUCCUUGUCAAUAGUCGGGUUUUUGGACCUGAUCUGUGUCCAGGGACCACUAAAUUCCUCCUUGUCUCCUUUAAAUGCAAACCUACUGAAUACAAAACCAAAUCAGCAUGUGAAAACCAGGAACUGAAACUCCACUGUCAGGAGUCCAAGUUCCUUAUCAUCUACUCUGCCACCUAUGGCAGAUGGGCACAUGAGGAGAACAUCUGCUCGACAGAAGUGGAGCGCGUCCCUCCCUUUGACUGUUUGUCUUACACGGCGCUAGAAGUUUUAUCAAAAAGGUGUUAUGGGAAACAGAGAUGCAAGAUCAUUGUCACUAGCCAGGAUUUUGGAAGUCCGUGCCUACCUGGAGUGACAAAAUACCUUAACGUCAGCUAUGCAUGUGUUCCUAAAUUUAUCCUCACGGCUGUCAACCCCGUGGUCACUGAUAGCAAGUCUUCCGUCAAACAGAGUGAUGGUGUCGACCUUGAUCCAAAGGAAUCAAGACUUCCAAAGAAAGAUGGAAUUAUUGUUAGCAACUCCUUGGCUACAUUUGCAUACAUUAGAGAUCACCUUGAAAGAGCUGCUCUCCUGUUUGUGUCCAGCGUUUGUGUGGGGUUAAUCUUCACACUGUGUGCUUUGGUGAUCCGUGUGUCGUGCUCAAGUGACUUCCAGAAAUUGCACAAAAAGAAGGAUCAGUUAGUGCAAGAAAGUGAUGGAGUGUACGAGAACAGUGAAAAUGAGGAGGAGGAGGAGGAGGAUUCCUCUGAUUCGGACAUCAGGGAUGAGAUAGUGGGACUUUACAGACCUUCUUACUCAGGUUAUAAUUCAACAGAAGCUGCGGAACUGGCUGAAAGGAUAGAGCGCAGGGAGCAGAUCAUACAAGAAAUUUGGAUGAACAGUGGUUUGGAUAUGACACCUCCUAGAAAUAUGAAUACAUUUUAUAUUAAUGAACAAUAAACGGCUUAUUUUGGAUGACACCCUAGCCCUUUUUUAAAAAAAAAGAAAUGUACCUUCUGUGAAGGAACAUUUGUAUCAGUGCAUAUAAUUAUUUGUAAAGUAAGAAGAAAUCUAUACAAUAAAAGGAGAGUUUAAAACCCU